CUCUCUCAUUUUCCCAUACCAAUUCAGUACUUUCUGAGAAACCAUCGAUUAUUAUCAUUACAAUGGAUCGUUCAGAAUAUCAAAUUGAGGAUGAUAACCUGAAGCUUAAGGUUAUCUUCCUUCCAUUUUUAUCAAUUAGUCACAUAAUUCCCAUAGUGGACAUGGCCAGAAUCUUCGCCAUGCAUGACGUGGACGUCACUAUCAUCACCACCACGUCCAACGCCGCGCUUUUCCAAAGCUCCAUCAGUCGCGGUCAAAACAUCAGGACGCAUGUCAUGAAAUUUCCGGCCGAACAAGUCGGUCUUCCUGUCGGCGUUGAAACUUUCAGCGCCGACACGCCACCUGACAUGUCACCGAAAAUCUAUGCUGGCCUCGAGAUUCUGAGGCCAGAGAUCGAAAACCUCUUCAAGGAGCUACAAGCUGAUUGCAUAGUGAGUGACAUGUUCCACCCUUGGACCGUGGACACCGCAGAAAAACUAGGUAUUCCUAGAAUCAUUUUCUACGCCGCGAGUGUUCUGUCACGUUGUGCUGUGCACUCGUUGGAGCAACACGAGGUUCACACCAAAGUGGAGUGUGACAGUGAGAAGUUCACGUUGGUAGGUUUGCCGCACGAGUUGGAGAUGACGAGGUUGCAGUUGCCGGAUUGGAUGAGGAAGCCGAACAUGUAUGCAAUGUUGAUGAAGGUGGUUAAUGAUUCCGCUAGGAAGAGUUUUGGGGCAGUGUUCAAUAGUUUUCAUGAGUUGGAGGGUGAUUAUGAGGAGCAUUACAAGAGGGUGUGUGGAACCAAGUGUUGGAGCUUGGGUCCGGUUUCGAUGUGGGUGAACCAUGAUGAUUUGGAUAAGGUUGAAAGAGGACACCAUGUUAAAACACAAGGAGAAGAAGAAGGGUGGCUUGAAUGGCUUAAUAAAAAGAAAGAGGGUUCUGUUUUGUAUGUUAGUUUUGGGAGCUUGAAUAGGUUUCCUAGUGAUCAACUUGUUGAGAUAGCUCAUGCACUUGAAAGUUCUGGUUAUGAUUUCAUAUGGGUGGUGAGAAAGAACAAUGAUGAGGGUGAGAAUAGUUUUAUGGAGGAGUUUGAAGAGAGAGUGAAGGGAAGCAAAAAGGGGUAUUUGAUAUGGGGUUGGGCGCCACAGUUGUUGAUAUUGGAGAACCGUGCAAUUGGGGGGAUGGUGAGUCACUGUGGUUGGAACACGGUGGUUGAGAGCAUGAAUGUAGGGUUACCAAUGGUGACAUGGCCUUUGUUUGCGGAGCAUUUCUUCAAUGAGAAGCUUGUGGUUGAUGUGUUGAAGAUUGGGGUGCCAGUGGGGACCAAAGAGUGGAGGAAUUGGAAUGAGUUUGGGAGUGAGGUGGUGACAAGAGAGGAGAUUGAAAAGGCUAUUGGUGUGGUCAUGGAUGGUGGAGAAGAAGGCGAAGGAAUGAGACAGAGAGCCAAGGCUCUUAGUAAUGCGGCAAAAAAGGCUAUAAAGCUUGGUGGGUCUUCUCAUAACAAUAUGAUGGAACUGAUUCGGGAGCUCAAGGAAUUGAAACUCAGGAGGAAGGCUCAAUAAAUUAAACAGUGCCUAGUCCCAAAUCAUCACAUGUUUUUCUUUAAUUAAUAAAAGUUUAGGUUUGGAAUCGAUUAACAUGAUUAGGAGAUCGAGUCUGAACAUUCCAUGAAACACUUAAAAAAGUAUUUAUAAUCCAUCAAUAAAAUUCUCACAACCACCGUAAAAGUUAAACUCACGAAUGUGAGAUGUGAAGGUUAUCUACCAACUAAAUAAACUUUUUUCCUUUCAUCAUUA